UGCCAUAAACAAUAUGAGAAUAAAUUAGACUAUUUUAAACAUUUUUAAGCACAUUUAUGUUCACAAAUGGUCUUAGCUUAUACAUUAGACCUAUGCUUUGACUAAUUUUUUUAGACAGUACUGAGAUAUGUUGUUUCCAGUUUAAAUGUUGAUCAACAUAAACGCCAAUACAAUCACUUUGAGUGAAUGCACAAUUAUUAAGUUUUAGAGUAACAUUGUGAUUGCGAGUUUUGUUGUUGCUGUGAAAGAUAACAAAGUUGGUUUUACUUAGAUUCAGAGCUAAACAAUUGAUAUUUAACCAUAGGCUUAAUUGUUUGAGCUCUUGGUUGAUACAGUUUUCAAGCUUGAGAAGACAUCAGAUUCAAAAUAUAUGUUCUGGUCAUCCGCAAAAAGAAAAAAUAACAGUUUAGAUGAAAUGUUAGUAAGGUCUUCAUGAAAAGGCUAACAAAAUAUUUACCAGUUAUUGAACAAGUAAACUUAUAAAUGUCCAGCAAUUCAUUGAAUGGUUGGUCAACACCCAAGAAGAUGGAUGAAGUUGAAUUUGUUCCAUUGACUCCACAAGAUGCUACAGGCUUCCACAAGUAUUCCAAUGAUACACAUGAAAAUUUAGCCACUCCAUUUACUGCAAAGAAAUUAUCGUCACCAAGAUCUCAGAAGCGUAUCUUUCAAUCCUGUCCUAGUAUCUCUGAGAAAGUUGAAAUAAUUCAUCAGCAAACUGAUGACAUGGUACAGAAAGUGAUACAUAAUACCAACAAAACUGUGGGUUAUGUAUCGCCAUACAAAGCCACAAAGAAGAUUUUAACACCCUGUGAAAAGUUUCUUGAUAAAACAACAGAUAGAAAGGAUUAUGGUAGCAGUCGAAGUGGUUUAAGUAUACAAUCCUACACUAAAAGGAUGUCUCCAUCACAAGCCGCUCAAUGUCAAGAUUUAUUUUCUGCGAAAGAUGAAAUCAUUGAGCAAAAAGAUAUUAUUAUGCAAAAGCAAAAAAUGAUAAUCACUCAACUGCGUCAAACAAAUAUAGAACUGGAAGAGCUACUUGUUCAAAAAGAACAUCAAAUUCAAUCAAACAGCAAUGAAAAGUUUACGCUUCAUUUACAAGAAUACCAAUAUCAAGUUUCACACUUAAAACAACAACUAGUGGAAGCUAAAUCAGUAAAACAAGCUGAAGUUGAAAAGUUGCAAAGAAAGCUUGGUGAAAGAGAAUAUGAACUUGGUAAACUUGGAAUAAAGUUAAAAGAAAUGGAAAUAAAUAAUUCAUCUGAUGUUACAGUUAUAAAAAAAGAGUUAGAUGAAAAAGUUCAAGAACUUAAACUGAAACAAGCAAAGACAGACAAACUUUUGCAAGAUUUUAAAGUUACCAAACAAGAAAACGCUAAAUUACAAUCUUACCUUGAAGAACUACCUACUGCCGAAGAGUUUAAAAAAUUACGGAAAGAGGUUAAAAAUUGUCAUCAGGAAAAAGAAGACAUACAAGAGAAAAAAGAAGUUGUACAUAAAAGAUAUAAAGAGAUUAAAACUGAAUACCAAAACAAAGAUAUAGAAUGUAAGAAGCUACAGAGGUUAAAUACAGAACUUCAUGAUCAAAUUUCCAGUCUUAGUAAUAUUCUCGGAAAGUAUCGUGCCCGUGAUAAACUUGGUCCUGUUGCGAUUGAAGAUCAUGAAAAACUAAAGCAAGAGAAUGAUAUUUUAAAAAAGGAAAGGGAAGAUUUAAAGCAUUCACUGGAAAAGCGUCACAAAAAAAUGAAUCGACUGCAUUAUGAAUUUCUAAGUAAACAAAAAUUGUUUGAUGAAGAUAAGUUGCAACAGAAGGAAACUUUAACUUUGUUAAAAGAAGAAUUGCAAGAAAAAAGCGUUACUAUUUCAAAGCUUUCUGCAAGGUCUCAAGAAUUGCUGGAAAAUAACCUUGACUUACAACAAGAUCUCAUUAAGUAUAAAGAAACAUAUACAGAAGAAUAUCAAGUAAAGCUGAAGUCAUUAUUUAAAGAGAUAUCUCAUUGUUCUGAUGAUGUUGGGUCAUUUGUUACGUUAUGUGCUUCUAGAAUGAAAGGAAAUGACCCUAGUUUAAAUGCAUUACUUGGUUUACAAGAUUCACCGGACAAAAGUAGUGCUCGUCUACCAGGCGAAUGCGAAACAACAGAUUUAGAAGCAGUAAAAUUAAAACUUGAAUUAUUAGGUGGUAUACGAAGCCAUAUCGAGGAGUUACGACAGAUGCUCUCAGAACAAUAUGCACAAGAAAUUGGUGAUAACAUGUGUGUCACUCAAUAGAAAAUCGUAUUUGAUUUUCUUACAAAGCUCCAGUUUCUUCUUAGAAUUUGUCUUUUCUGUUGGUCAUAGGUUAGACAUAGAGUAGUUAGAUUUUUUUAUCUGUCAUAUUUUUUUACAUUUUUGUUUGUGGAAAACAAAGUUCUGUUUUUAUGUUAAUUUGUGUUUGGAGUAUUAUGAGAGGAUCAAUGAGGUGGUGUGUAGUAAUGCAUAGACAUUUAAUUGUUAAUCUGUUCGUAACAGUAGGAUGGGGUUGUAAUUCUUUAUGUUACGUUUGAAUUACGUUAUUUUGAUAAGAGUUUUGUAUUGCAUUUUUCAGUAAAAACGGAGAUAAAGAAUUUUACAAAAGAGUUUGAAACAUGGGAGCAUUAAAUAUUACUUCAUUUUUAGUCUACGUUAUUUAUAAAUCAGCAAUUUCUUUAUUUAGGCUUGCGUUCGAUUUUUUGGUAUUGGAUGUAUGAUGUAUAUAUGUGUAUGUCAAGAGUUUUGUUAUGAGAUUUGUAGAUAUCAUUAAUUUAUUAUUUAAAUUAAUUUAUUUUUAAAAGUUUUGUUGAAGCCAUAGAAUAGAUGGAAUGAUAGGAAUUCUUGUUUAA